AGGUAUAUAAAUGCAGAACAUCCUGGACAACACAUGAACACACGUCCACAAGACACAACCGCAGAAGAGGACAGAGGACUGAAACCGGAAAGGGGGGACAUUUUCAAAGACAUGCAGGCAAGCGACAUGAGCGUUUUCCUAGCUGUGUUUUGCACGGUCAGCAUCUUCCAGCUCUGUCACGGAGUAUCCAGCAGUGGAGAAUGCUACUUCAAUGCUAAAGCCAGCUGUGAACACAACGGCCGUGUCUUCGACAUCGGGGAGGCCUGGAUAAAUGAUGAAUGUUUCCAGUGUGUGUGUUUCGAGCCGUUUGGAGUGGGCUGCUGUGAACAUGGAAAGCAGCCAGUCGAUUUCCCUCCCUGGUGUGAAGCUGUUAGAAAACCAGAUUCCUGCACGGUUGCUGUGGUGAUGAAGGCCAACCAUAAACUUCCUUGUCUGUUCGGGGGGAAAAACCGCUUUCGAGCGGGAGAAGGGCGGCCGUGGAAAUCCGAGAACGACCCGCUGUUCUAGAACGCCGUAGUCACUCACGGAAAACUCUAGUUUAAAUAUAUACUUACUGUAUAAUUGCACCAUGUUUGACAACAACACACUGAUUAAAAAUAUCAGUAUUAACAAAUGAUCUAUAUAGAAUGAUAAUGAGAAUAGUUCUCUAUAUAGAUCAGUGGUAAUAGCAGUAAAAUUUAUCCAAUUUUACAUAUAUUUAUUAAAAUGUAUUGU